ACCCAGUCUAUGACGUUCGUAGCAAGUAACAAGUUGUGUUUUUAUCGAUCGUAUUAUUGGUAUCGUUUAAAAUACACAAACACUUAGUUUUGGCCACCUUCAGAGAAAAAUCAAUCUUCAAAGAGUGUAACCGUACUUUAUUGAAUAUUGUUAUCUUAGAAAUUAGCAUAGGUGUUAUAAUUUGCGUGGCGGGAAAUACCGUUCGAUUAGUGCAGUUUAUAUUAAGUUUUUCUCAUAUUUUCUGACACGAACAAAAUGUUUCUUAGAAUUUUGGCCACGUUAAGUAUUUAUCUUGUAUUUACGAACGCUUAUGAAGUGGAUACCUAUGAAUUUCUCAUGCCCAAUGUUUGGCCUCAUAGGGACGAGCUGUACCUCUGCACCCCGAUAAGGAUUUCACCACAAACCAACUAUUAUAUAGUGGGAUUUGAACCGAACGCGUCUAUGCAUACUGCUCAUCAUAUGCUUCUCUAUGGCUGUUCUGAACCGGGUUCCAAUGAUUCAGUAUGGAGUUGUGGUGAGAUGCAAAGCAACGAGAUUGAUGAUAUGUACAACACAGCCAGUCCCUGCCGUUCUGGGUCUCAGAUUGUGUACGCCUGGGCCCGUGACGCACCAAGCCUUCACCUGCCCAAGGACGUCGGUUUCCUCAUUGGAAAGGACUCGCCUAUCAAGUACUUAGUCCUGCAAGUGCAUUACAUGCAUGGUUUUCCAGGAGGCAAAACCGACAAUUCGGGAGUAUUUCUCAAGUACACAAAGAAACAUAUGCCACGGCAAGCCGGCGUGAUACUACUCGGCACUGGUGGGAUGGUGCCGCCAAACGGCAUUGAGCACAUGGAGACAGCGUGCACCGUCCGCGAAGACAAGGUCAUACAUCCGUUUGCAUUCAGGACGCACACUCAUGCACUUGGCAAAGUGGUAUCCGGAUACGUAGUUCGCCGAAAGGACAGCGGCGACGAUUGGCAGCUUAUCGGCAAAAAGGACCCGCAGUUGCCUCAAAUGUUUUACCCUGUUGUGAACGACUCGCCGAUUGGUAUAGACGACGUUUUAGCAGCCCGAUGCACUAUGAACAACACCAAUGAUUUCCCUGUUAACAUCGGAGCCACGAAUAAGGACGAAAUGUGCAACUUCUAUCUAAUGUACUGGGUUCAAAACGACUCGCCACUGGAACAGAAGUAUUGUUUCUCAGCUGGACCUCCCUUCUACUAUUGGCAUAAGGCACCGUUGAAUUUCAACCGCAUUCCAGAACUAGAAGCCAGCACGUUGUAAAUCACGGGAUAUUAGCAAAAUUGUAAUGUAUGAAGGAAUAUUUGGACUACUAAGCAUGGGUUAAAAACCAGUGUUACAUGAAUCGAGGUAAGAUUUAAUUCAUGUUAUACAAAUCGAAUCCAUUAUAUAUAACCCGUCAAAGAAACUGCACAAACCUGUUAAUAUUCCGCUCUUAACGCGAGAGGCCUAUUUAAUUUGACGGGUUAUACAAAAUGAAUCAUGUAUUACAAUUCAUGUAAAGCGGUUUUUCAUUUUCUUUUUCAUAUCUAAAAGUAAACUUAGACCAUGAAGAGGUAAAUCUUGCUAUGAAAAUAAAUGAAUGUAAUUUUGUCUUUUUAUUCCAAAUAUUUGAGAAAAUGUUGGGUAAAAGCUGACCACAUGUUUAAACAUAGUCCCUUAUCCUUUCUCAUAGUCCAAUUUAUAUUAUGGACUUUAUAUAUCUCACUUAAUUAACAUAUUUAUAAUGUGUAAAGAAAUCUUUGAAUUUCUUUAAGAAUAAAUGUUACAUUAAAUUACCUGUGUAUUAAAAUGCAGGGUAUAUUCAUAUCCUAAAUAUCAGCUUACAGCUAAAGUAAAAUUUAUCUGUGUUAAAAAAUCAUUUACAUGGUUUAGUAAGUAUUAAUAUGUGUACCAAGAUAAAACUCAAAUAAAUUCAUUUAAUUAUGAAUAUACACUAUCAGGACUUAAUGCUAUAAAAAAAAUUAGUAAAUACAGUAUUUAAAUAUGUUUAAACAACACGAAAGUUUAAAAUUAAAUAAAUUCAAAGUUCUUCAAUUUCUUGAACGCUUACUUAAUCUUGCUGUAUUAAUUACGACAAAUCUUAUAUUCUCUUCAGCUAAUUUAAAAAAAAAAACUUACUAAGUGAUAUUGUAUAUUCUUUGUUGUAAAAUAUAAACAAUAUUUAACAUUGAUAGUGUGUCUAAAAACAAAUAUAUAAUGUGGAUGUAUAAAAUGAUGAAAUAUAAAUUUAAAAACUUUAUUAUUUAUAUAUGAUAAUAAUAAGACACGAAAUACAAUGUAAAACUAUAUAAAAUAAUAUACCAAAAAAAAAAUUAUUGCUGAAUCUUUGUGCAAUAUCUCAGUCGCCUAUAUAACAAAUUCUAUUUUUAAUAAGAGGAGAAGGAGAUUAGAGAAAGAGGGAAAGAUCUUAGUGGUAUUAUUUUUGACUUAUCAUUCCUCAACUAUCUCUAAUGUUUUUUUUUUUAUCGAAAUUUGACUUAUGUAAUAUUUUUCUGUGAUUUUUGUCUAUGUAUCACAUUUUGCAUUGACUCCAUCUAGUGGUACUUAUUAUUGUCACCGCUAGAUGUCGUUAAGUAUAAAAAUUUAUAAUCUCCAUUACAAUGAUAAGUUUAAUGAGAUUAGUGGUCACAUUUUUAGUUAAUUUUUUUAGCUGAUUAAGACCGUAAAAUUAAAAAAAUAUUAUUUUUAUUUCACUGCUUUUUAGGUUUGCUUUUAAUACUUCAUUU